GGGCGGGGUUAUGUGCUGUCAGCUGACCUGGCGGUGCCUCUCGCCGAAGUCACAACACCGUCCCUGGCUCCUUGCCUGACGGCUACAUGUAGCAGCUCCUCCGCGCUUCGAGGCUCAGCCGCGGGACUGCGGCGGGUUAUGUUUCCCUGAGACGGAGGUCCGAGCCAAGCGCGCAGCUCCAGCAUGGCGGCCGAAAUCCAGCCUCGUCCGCAGGCUCGGAAGCCGUGCCUGCUGAGUAAAAUCGAGGCUUUCCAGGAGGUUGUGACCGCGGCGGCGAUCAUCCCUAAGGAAGACGGGGUGAUCAGCGUGUCUGAGGACAGAACCAUUCGAGUGUGGCUGAAGAGAGACAGCGGUCAGUACUGGCCAAGCGUUUACCACACCAUGCCGUCCUCAUUUUCCUGCAUGUCCUUUAACCCGGAGACCAGGAGGCUGUCUGUAGGGAUGGAUACGGGAAGUAUCUGUGAGUUUAUUCUGUCCGAGGACUACAACAAGAUGACCCCAGCGCUCACCUACCAAGCCCAUCAGGGCCGAGUGGCGGUGGUGCUCUUUGUAUUGGAGAUGGAGUGGCUGCUAAGCACCGGCCAGGACAGGAACUUCACCUGGCACUGCUCGGAGAGCGGCCAGCAGCUGGGGACGUAUCGCACCGCCGCCUGGGUCUCAGGACUGCAGUUUGAUGUAGAGACCAGGCACGCCUUUGUAGGGGACCAGUCUGGUCAGGUGACCAUCCUGAAGCUGGAGCAGGACAGCUGCAGCCUGGUUACCACCUUCAAAGGACACACAGGUAAUGUGACGGCGCUGUGUUGGGACCCGGGUCUGCGGGUGUUGUUUUCCGGCAGCUCCGACCACUCCAUCAUCAUGUGGGACAUCGGGGGGAGGAAGGGCACCGCCAUCGAGCUGCAGGGACACAACGACAGAGUCCAGGGCCUGUGCUAUGCCUCACACACCCGCCAGCUCAUCUCCUGCAGCUCAGAUGGCAGCAUCGUCAUCUGGAACAUGGACGUGACUCGGCAGGAGACCCCAGAGUGGCUGGACAGCGACUCCUGUCAGAAGUGUGAGCAGCCUUUCUUCUGGAACUUCAAACAGAUGUGGGACAGUAAGAAGAUCGGCCUGCGACAGCACCACUGCAGGAAGUGCGGCCAGGCUGUGUGCGGCAAAUGUUCGUCCAAGCGCUCCACCAUCCCCCUCAUGGGCUUCGAGUUUGAGGUGCGCGUGUGUGACAGCUGCCACGAGUCCAUCACCGACGAGGACCGAGCGCCCACGGCCACCUUCCACGACAGCAAGCACAACAUUGUUUACAUGCACUACGAGCCCACCACGGGAAACCUGCUCACCUCCGGCACCGACAAGGUCAUCAAGAUUUGGGACAUGACUCCCGUGGUGUCGUGAGCUUCCGUGGACGAGCAGCAUCCCUCCCAACCCCAGACUCCUGUCCCCGCAGCAGUCGCACCAGGAUGAGGGGAAAAAAAAGGGAACGGUGCCCGUGUCACCUGGAUAAUAUUUAACAGUUAUUUAACAACAAAGCCUGGCUUGUUGCACAUUCACAGUGACGGCGCUGCAGGCCUUGAGAUCGACGCAGGUCUCGCUCAACACAAGGACACACAGACUGGUUGGGGUUUGCUCGUUGUCCGGAGAGCUGAUGCUGAUGCUGGAGGUCACUCUCUACUCCCGGAUCCUUUUUGGGGCAUUAGACGUUGUAAGAAAUGUAAGAUGUAUGUACUUUUUUUAUAACUUCCCUUCCAUUGAAGAAGACUGGAGCGGCUAAACUUCAGAUUUGUUUGGUUUACAAACCACCUGGUCGGACUCUAGCGCACCGACGUAAUCUUAGUGGGCUGCAGGAAGCUUUUGAUUUUGACCUAAACAAAAAUAUUAUCGGUGAACGUCAGCAGAAUAUUAUGUCGCCCCCUUGAGGCUAAAUCUGGUUUCAUUUCUGUUACAAUAUUUCUGUACGAGGAGUAAAACCAAACCUUGAAGCAGUCCCGGUUUGGCAUAGAACUAUUAUUAAAUAUUAUAUUCAUGGAGGCCAUAACCUGUUGCAUGAUAAUUCAGAACCAUAUUCUGCUCUAAAGGAGCCUCCAAAGUUUCUGACCCAGGUAAAUUUCUUUUAAUUACUUUUACCCUUUUCAAGGUAAAUGUUCCCUGUAAUAUGUUUAGUGUUAUAUCUUUUUUUUUUUUUUUUUUUUUUUUUUUAGUUGGUCUCCAGCUACUCAGCCAAACAUGAAUGCUUAAAACAGUGACCAAAGCAGAAGUCGAGGUAGCUCUAAUGGGUUGCUCCUAACCCACCAAACUAUUUUGGUCUCUUCUCAACAUUAAUUGACUUGCAGUAAAUCAGCAGAUGCAGGCGUGGAAGUGAGAAAGGAAGUGGCCAGUUUAUCCCAUUAAUCCACGCCGUGUUAACGCUUUAGUAAAAUAAUCUGGUGAAGAAGGCUGUUGCAUGGACAGAUUCUGCACAUUAUUCCCUGCUCCCUGACUCUAGCCGUGUGAGGAAUAAACCUCACCGAUGAAAUAAACUGUUCAUUAUUUAAAAUAAUCCACCGUAAUAGGUGAAUGCGUGUGCUUAGUGGCGGGUUUUUAUGAAUCCCGCCUACGGCAGGCUCUGUUCGGUGUAGAACGAUCCAGUUCAGGUUGAACUAGUUAAAUCACUUUAGAGCUGUUGAUGAUUAAAUGCAGUCCAGGUUCCUAAAAAAAUCAAAUCAAAAAACAAGAUAAAAGUCAUUUAGGUCAGAUCAACCACCUCACCAUCAUUGGAAUAAUUUUCUUACAGUACGUCCACUGUGUAAGCACACAGGGGGCCUCCCCUCCCCAUUUAUUAGUAUUUCCCCCUGUCCCACACACCAUGCCACCCUGGGCAAGGUAGCUGUUUUCACCAUAUUAAGAACAGCAACAGUGUAAAUAGUCCAAUGUGAUUGAACUAUAGCUCACUCCUCACAAAAUAAAUCCAUUUAUUAGCCUCAUAAGUCCUCAAGCAGGCAAUGUUUAUUCUUUUUUUUUUGUUUUCUUUAUGAAAGCAAAAUGGUGUUUUGGAUCAUCAGCCAGAUGGCUUGGUGCAUUGUGGGAACCUUCCUUUUUUUUUUUUUUUUUAAAUGACACUCGGUCACAUGGCCGUUUGUCACAAAGUCGGUAUUUGGGGCUCUGCUUGAACAUUUCUCUGAUUAAAACCAGUCGAUCCAUUCCAACUUCCCAACGUAUUCGACGCAGUCUAUCAUCUUUAAACGUCACAUUUCCACACACAGCUUUCCACUUUGAUCUGAUGGCAGAAUUCAGCGUUUACGUGCAGCUAAUAAAGAUCUCGUUUUGUUUGUACUGUAUGAGUGUAGCGUCGAUAAGCUUCAGUUUGAGUCACUGAGCGAUGACGGAGGACACCGGUGAGGCCGUCCGUGUGGUCCCGUUGUGCAAUCGGUGAUUCAAACCAUGCAGGCUGCUCGCUGAUCCUCCUCACAGUGAUGACACUGUCCAUGUUUCUGUAGGUCCUGUCAGGCGUUUCAUGCGGUUAUUUAUUCCAAGCACAUAGCAACACGGCUAACUGUGGCAUUUCAGACAUGUACCAGAGCAUAAAAUCGCUUUAAAUUGUUGUCUCUUUCCCUUUAAACUCUGUGAUUUGUACGUUGGCUUUACUGUUGAUGCACUGGAAACCAGGAGGCAGAAGAAUCACUAACUUUUUUUUAUUUUUUUUUUUUAAUGUGUGCUUUAAUGAUAACUGCUGAAAGCUCAGCUCAAAUCUUUCUGGGCAUCUUCCAAAGAUUAUUGAUGAUGGAGCUGAAAUCAAGGUUGUAUGGUUACCUGUAACCAUAUAAAGCAGUCUUCUUAUGUUUUUAGUUCUUUUUUUUUUUUUUUUUACUGACCACUUCCUGUGCACUAAAAUACAUCUGCAGGUUGUGCAAACCGGAUUAAACAUACCGAGAUUAUUAAUGAUAAAUGGUAAAAUAUACUAAAUUAAUGGAAUGGAUCUUUAUUUGGCAAGCAACUAUAGAGAAGAAACAAAGAUGGAUAAAAAGUACUGCUUAUGAUCACUUUUUUUGUUGCAAAAAAGGGAAAAAAAUCAUUGUUGCACUUCAGAAUUUUCCUGAAUGUAAUUCUGUGUAUAAAUGAUCAAUUAAAAACAGAAGUAUUUACCCGC